AAAGGCAAAAAAAAAAAAGAGAUCAAUUCCAUGGCAGGCCGGCGGCGGCGAGGCGGGAGCCCAGACACUUGGGACGGCACCUGGGAGGGCGAAUUUUUGGACACGAUCCACGGGCACUACAAGGAUGCGCUCGACGCGCUGCCGUUGGAGGCCAUGCCGCCGCUCGCCCCGCGCCUCCUCGACGCCGGCGUCUGCUUCGGCUUCGCCGACCCUGUCACCAACAUCAUCGCCAACGCCCUCUCCUCCCGAGAGCCCGAGCCCAACGGCGGCGGCACCAAGAAGCGGAAGCGGACGCGGAAGCUGGAGACGACGGGUGCCUCAGUCGAGGCAAGAUCGAGGGAGGAGGUCCUCUCCAAGAUCGUCGCCGGCGACCGCCCUUCGCCGCCGGAGGCACGGACCGUCGCGGAGCGCUCCCUCGAGGGCCUCGUCAGCUUCCUGACAUCCUAUUUCCGCUACCUCCCAACCUUGGACGCGCUGCACUAUCUCGGCCUGGCCAGGGCCGACCUCCUCGUCGCGGUAAGCCUCAUCCAGAAGGAUCGCUGCUGCCGGCGCAGAGAUCAACUCCGAAUCCGCUCACCUGCUGUCAAGACUGCUCUCAAAUGCGCUGCCGUAUCAGCAAGGCAGCCCAACUUCGAUGGCUUUCUCGCCGGCUGCUUCGCACUUGUGCCGCAAAUCAAGAUGAUCACCACCCAGACAUUGUCAGCAGAUGGCUCUUGCCGCCUCACUGUUCAGGACAUCUCCCAUCUGUCCCGAUUGCUCGCAGACCCGCCCAAGCUCAAGAGGUCAGACAAGCCCAUGAAUCUGGUUGCGAAACGGUUUCAUGACCCAAGAAUCACCGCGAGUGGUGAGGAUGUACCAGGUCAGCUGACUGAGUCACUUCGAGGGGUUCUUAUGGACAGAGUCCAUGAACAUUAUCUCAAGGCGGUGUCUCGGUUUCCAAUGAAAGAUCUUCAGACCCGUCACCACCGCGGCCUUCUCAAGGCAGGCUUCUGUUUUGGCCCAUUCGAUCCUGUGUCAAACAUCAUCGUCAACACUGUUUGGUAUGACACUGCUUUCCUCCCAUCGAAAGAGUUUGGAGUGGAUGUGAUCUGCACGUUGAGGCACGUCGAGUCUCGGUCCGUCAACGGAUUGAUUGCAUUUGUGCGUUCAUGCUCCCCUGCGAUAUCAGAGCAUAAGGCCAUGGUUUAUUUGCUCAAGAGUAAUUUGGAUGCCUGCAAAGCAGUUAGAAUGGCAAAAUCAGGGGAGUGUGAUGUAGCUGACUGUGAUGACAAUGGAUAUAAGGCAGCAGCAAAAGCCGCUUCUCAUCCUAAUCCUGAGGCGUAUUGUGAGUUUGUCAUGCAGUCCUUGGCUUCGGUAAGAUCUACUGUUAGAUCACUGCUUCGAGCCUCUCAUAUGCUUUCCCCUGGUGAGAUUCUUCGUCUCUCUGCAUUGCUGUCAUUUUCAAGUGCUGAAGCUCUGGAGCCAACUAUCCAGCUAACAAAAGAUGCCUUAAAGAGGAUCACAAACUACAAUGAGGAUUUCCUCACCGAACAAAGUUUUGUCCACGGAAAGGUUGAAGUGGCAUUGCGGAGUUAUGAACAAUAUAAGGGCUGCCAUUAUGAUCUUGGUGUCAUCUGUGGUGUGAAUGAUUGUGUUGGCAAGGAAACAGGGAUCUUUGACACAAAGUUUCAGUACACACAUGCCAACUUUUGGGCAAGUCAAGAUAAGGGAACAGCUACAUUGUUUUUCUCAGAAUUUAGUAAUGAUGAAGAUAGUAACUAUGAACCCAUUUGCUACCCUGUGUCUGGUCUAUCAACACAAGUCCGCUGCUGUUACUGUGAGUAUCAAGGAGUCCGGAUUGUACAUCCUAUUGAGAAAUGUUGGGAGAGGGCAAGUGGCUUCGAGAGAAUUGCAUGUGGAGAACACAAUUUUACAAACGCAGAAAUUGUUAGUCGUGCAAAGCUGAUAGAUAAUCAGGUGAUGGGAAUAUUUGUAAAAGACUACAUCUACCUAGAUCCUACUCAUGAUGCCAAGUUAAUCCAAACUGUCAACCGUGCUGAGUCAGUGAUGAAUCUUGAUUUGGAUGCUGAAAUGCGUAGGAUAAAAUCAGUAGCUGCUGCUGGUCAUUAUCCACAAGAAGCUUCAUUUCUGAUCUGAGUUUGCAACAGGUAUGUCCAUUUUUCCUUGAAAAUUUGUUAUUUGGAUGUUAAUUGAGUGCAUUCGUUUAUAGGGAGUGUUUCAGCAAGCUUUCAGUGAGCAUGUAAUCCCAAGUCUUGGGACAAAUUGUAGGACAAAGAAACAUAAUCUGUAUUGAUGAAUGGUAUUUCUCACUCAUUUGAGUCAAGAAAGUUUCACAUUUCAGCUGAUAAAUCAUAUUCACUGAAGGUUAAAAAGUUGUGCAGUGUGCGUUACUGCUAGUCUGUUAUUGAUUGUCCUGUUUUUUUUUU